AUGAAUAAACAAGACCCCAUCAUCAUCGUCGGAGCCGGCAUCUUUGGCCUCAGCACGGCGCUGCACCUGGCCAGCUCCGGCUACUCGGACGUGACAGUCUUUGAUCGUCACCCCGUCGAUAAGACGCGGUACUCAUACUUUGAGGGCUGCGACGGUGCAUCUGCAGAUGCUUCCAAAAUUAUCAGAUCAGCCUACGGCGGCCAGAAAGAAUACACAGACCUCAGCUCCGAGGCAAUCAUCUUGUGGAACAAGUGGAACGAGGAAAUCAAAACCAUUGAUGAGAAUGAUUUGGGUCUAUCAAAAAAGGACUUGAUCUGGAAAAACAAUGGAGUUCUGAUGUGUACAGAUCAAAAGAUUCUCAGCGACUUUGAAAAGGCCUCGGCCAAAAACGCCAACCCUCCAGGGCAAGAGAAAGUUGCGCUCAUUACAAACGAGGCUGAAGACUGUGAAAUUGCAAAGUCCAAGGGCCUGGGACAUGCUUUGAACCCGUUUGCAAAGGAGACGGUCGGCAUCCUGGACACGACGGGCGGCGUGGUUGUCGCCGACAAGGCCUGUUGUUUCGCCCUCUACAAGGCGAGGAAGCUUGGUGUCAAGUUCAUCCUCGGCGGCGAGUCCGGCACGUUUGCCUCGCUCCUCCGCGUCGAGGCAAAAGGCAAGGUUUCUGGCAUCAAGACGGCGGAUGGAAAGGAGCAUCCCGCUCCCACCGUCAUCAUGGCCUGCGGCGGCUGGACCCCGUCGCUCGUGCCGGAGCUAGACGGCCUCUGCGAAACCACGGCGGGAUCCGUCGUCCUGUACAAGAUUCCCGAGGGCUCGCCCCUUCGGCAGAAGUUCAGCCACGCCAACUUUCCCGCCUUCAUGUUCAAGCAGCGCGAAGGCGUCGACGGCGGCCUGUACGGCUUCCCCGUCGACCACCACGGCAUCCUCAAGGUCGGGUACCGCGGCAUCAAGUACACCAACCCCGUCUCGCAGCGCGACGGCAAAGAUCGAAGCGUGCCACGGACUCGAUGGACCGGAGCGACUGCCAUUUCUGACCUCCCAGAAAAGGCCUACCAAGUCAUUACCGACUUUGUCAAGACAUAUCUGCCCGCGCUGGCCGAGGAAAAAGUCCCGGUUGCCAUGAGCCGGCUGUGCUGGUACACAGACUCCUUUGACAACCACUAUCUCAUCGACCGAGUCCCGGGCAUCGAGGGGCUCGUGUGCGUCACGGGAGGCAGCGGGCAUGCUUUCAAGUACCUGCCCAACAUUGGCAAGUGGGUUGUGAGCAUCCUCGAGGGCAGAGACCAAGAUCAGCCGCUGGUCAAAGCCUGGAAGUGGAGGUCGCUAAAGGAGGAGCAGACGCCGGUGAACAAGCUCAUGCUCGGUCGCACGGAUGAGAGGACUUUGGAGAAUACAAGGUUGAUAUCAGCGGAGACUGACAGACUCGGCAACUCCCUAGCAAGCCACGGCUUGAAUUAA